GGGAAGCCAACCCCACCCCUCUCCGGGGCGCGCGGCCCCCAGCACUUUCUCCGCUGGUCCGCCGGAGACCCCCGUGAGCGCGCGAGGUCAGGACGGGCGCGGCCUGGGCCGUUGGGCGGAGGCUGUCCGGGCGCCAUGUCAGCCCAGGGAGUGGCGGUCCUGCUGUCGUGGCUGAGCUGCUGCGGCUCGGCCGUGUGGAGGUAUUCCACUAACAGCCCGAACUACCACAUUUUUAGUACCAGAAGUACUAUUAAGUUAGAGUAUGAAGGAACACUAUUUUCUGAGUGGAGUGUGCCAGCAACUUGUUCUGUGAAAAAUAAAAGCUCACCCAAGACAGAACUGCGUUGUUCUUCGCCUGGUGUUCAGACUAUAAGACCAAUUGUCACGGGCCCAGAUUCAGAGGAAGAACGCAAUUUGUCUGUGGACAGUUCCCAUAUUUGUUUCCUGUGGUAUUAUAAAGUCAUAAAUUUCUUUCACAAUUUAACCCAGGUUGUUGUUAUAUGGAUAUAUGAUCCAGAAAAUGCAGACCCCAGUGAGUUGCUGUGGAAUGCAAAUGAACCUUCACUAAAUUCCAUAAUACUUACCAAGCAGUUGGCCACUUUGGGACAGAAGCCUGGCAUAUAUACAACUCUGAGGAGAAGAAUUUAUCUUCCAUAUGACAAAAUGAAGAAUGGGACCUGGCAUAUUUUGAUACCAAUGACAACAGAUGAUGUGCUAAAGGAGAUUAAAGGAAAUCAAGUAGCUUUUCAAGAUUGCUUUAUUGCAGAUUUUCUUUUCCUGCUGACCUUUCCUUUGUUGACAAUACCUGAGAUUCCUGGAUUUUUACCAAUCUCUUCACCACAUGGUAGUCAGUUAAUAGCAGCCUGGGCUGAUUGUGUUCCUUCAUCUGUUGUUGUGGUAGCCGAUAUGGAGACCUUUCAAACAAAUGAUUCAUUCCGUACUUGGACCAGAAUCAGAGUGCCUCCAAAUAUUUUGACUGAGGAUGAAAGACACAGUGUGUCUGAUGUAAGCCUAUCACAGGAUGGAAUAUUUUUUCUAAUAAAUGGUAUUCUUUACAUAAAAAGUUUUACUGGGUUCAAAAGACUGGGAAUAAGUGAAAAUCUUCCUGAUAGUGGAAUUAUUGGCAUUACAACAAGAAAAUGGUGUUGGGUCAAAUAUUUAUUAAAGGCUAAAAGAAGAAGUAGCAUGGCAAUCUGGACAGAAAAUGAAGUUUAUCUCGGAUAUACUUUUCUUAAAUUUGUCAAAAUAAUAACUACUGAAAAACUGAAAAAUCUUCUAAAUAUAUCAUCAGCUGCUACACUGACUAUACACAAUGUCGAGUAUCCAGGACACCCUUUGGAACUUGCCUUAUUAUUAAAUUACUGCACUGCAUGUAACAUCAACAAAACAAUUUAUGUGGUAAUAUACAAUGAAGAUACAGAACAGUGGGUGUACCAAGACUUUGCAUUAGAUGUCUCUACUGACAGUUUUUUAACCCCACAUUUUAUAUAUGCAGCACUGCCAGAUUUAAUACUGCGGGACAAACAUCGGAUCUACUAUUGUUAUCACAAUUUCACCGAGACUGGAGUUUUACAAACACCUACAGAAUUUGGAAAUCUAUCAAGAUUAUCACAUAACAGCAUUAUUCAUGAUAUUUUCAUAGAUUAUUAUGGAAAUGUUGUGGUAAAAAUGGAAAAUAACAUAAUGUUUUAUUUCAAGAUCAAUAUUAGAGCUGCAAUAAAACUACAUUUAUGGACAAAUAGCACAAUGAAGUCAUUAAUUUUAUUGAGUUCAUCUGCUCAAAUAUAUCUCAUAUAUGUUUUUGAAAAUGGCACAGUACAGCCACGGGAAUAUCCUUUAAAACUGGAAUCACAAAGUGUACAUUUCACUACAAAAGAAAAAUGCCCCUACAUGGCAUUUCAUAAUAAUAUUUUAAGUGUUUUUUACUUUUUGGACAAGGGACAGAACCUGUCCAUUUGGGCUCAAAUAGUCUAUCCAGAAAAUGUUGGUCUGUAUAUUGUUGUGGAAUCAUACGGCCCAAAUAUAUUACAAGAGAAAGAACAGGUUCACUAUGAAAUCGCCCUAGGAUACUGCACUAAAACCAUGUGUCGAGUGGAAAAUAGUGUCAAGGAAGGAACUGAGAUCCAUCACAGAGUAACGUUUACAAAAAUUGCAAACACCUACACGUCAUACCUGAGGAAUCAACCAUCUAAAAACUUGAGAGUAAAAUAUAAUUGGAAAAAAUAUGGCUGCCCAUUGAGACUUGAUUUCGGAGAAAAGUUUCACCCUUUGGUUCAAUUAUACAAUGACAAUGGCUAUGUGGAAGACGUGGAAGUAAAUUUCAUUGUGUGGGAAAUACACGGCAGGAAGGACUACAGCUUUAAUAAUACCAUGAAGAAGUGUACUCUGUGUUUGAUUAUUUAUGGAUCUGCCUUUGGCUCUCACACAUUCGUCAUGCUGGUGCUACAUUAA